AUGGCGCAAACCGAGAGCGCCGCUCAACACACCUACACACACCCUUUGCCCCAGACUCCAGUAUCUCCUGGUAGAGAACAGUGGGACGAUAGAGAUCAGGAAUGGGCCCAGAAGCAACCGCCCGCAGCAAUGCCAGGCACGCCGCCUUUGAAUGAAGAGUAUGGAGCACGAGCCGGAUCGCCCAGUAGCAUCCAGCAUACACCACCCAGGCAGGGUUCACCAGUCAAGCGGAAAGCAGUUCCCUCUCCCAUAAUACAGCAUGGCCCAGAGGUGCGGAUUCAAGACACUCCCGCAAGUCCAGUCAGCAUCAACCCCCCGCAGAUGGGCAUACUCGAGGCAGAGACGGCAUCCAUAAGACAAGCUGCAGCUGAUGAUGAGUCGAGGAGGAGCUCCCGGAAUGUUUACACACCAGACUCGUCCGCGCGCAUGAUGCCGUCAGAUUCACAGACUUCACUCCCCAUCCGGGCAGGCAAAGCACCGGUAACCAACGGACACGUCGAGCAGCGUGCAUCAUAUUACGCGCAUAGCCGAAGUUCUUCAAGCACGCACAAUCAUCCUCGAAUCGAAGAAGAUGGAGAGUUGCAUUUCUCGCAAGAGCCAGAGGCGCCGGACAGUCCAGGCUUGCAAUACCACCAUUUUGAAGACUCCAAGAGACACAAACCACAGAACCGUGUCUCCCAGAUGACGACACAAUCGGCUGGUUCGAGCUCGUCUGGAGAACAUCGUCGGUCGACUUCACAUUCUCUGACAGGAUCCCAGACGUUAGGUGUUCCCCGAGGACUUUCGAGACCGACAUCAGCAUAUAAUCUUGGCCAGGAUCUACGUGGUCGUACUUUAUCCCCUCUCAGUGCAAAUGGAUCAGAACCAGGAUCGCCCGCCGUAUAUGGCCGAGAUCUGUCGACAUCUAGAAGGUCGCCUGCCAGCAGACCUACCAGUUAUGUUGAUCUUUUGAACAAUCUCCCAUAUAGCCAGCAAAUUGCCCCUGGACCGCCUCUAAACAAUCAGUCAUUGCAGAGCGUUGUAGGCAGCGCAGCAAGCUUACUCAAUACGAAGAAAACCCUGGAUAUGUACCGCGCGAACGUGAAGAAGACUAAUGACGCCGCCGUACAGUACGAAUUCGCCAUCUUCAUGAUCAACGCAGCGCAAGACGCACUCCCAGAAGAUGGCCUCGACCCGAACGAACUCCAAACAGAAGCCAAACACAUCUUGCAACGACUUUCCGACCGAGCGUACCCCUUCGCACAGUACUAUCUAGGAGACGGCUACUUUUCUGGACUCUUUAACAAAGGCAAGCCAGACUACGAUAAGGCGUUUCCACUUUUCGUCGCGGCAUCAAAGCACGGACACGCCGAAGCAGGGUAUCGUGCAGCUUUGUGUUACGAGUUUGGGUGGGGAUGUGCGAAGUCGUAUCCGAAAGCUGUUCAGUUCUAUCGCAACGCUGCGUCCAAGAAUCACCCCGGAGCGGCGACACGACUGGGACUGGCUUGUAUCCGCGGCGACAUGGGACUGAAAGACAAGUAUCGCGAGGGCAUCAAGUGGCUUAAGAGGGCGUCAGAAAGCGCGGACUAUCAGUACAAUACUGGACCUUACGAGCUGGGACUGAUGCACUUGGAGGGAUUUGGCGAUGAUGUCUUCAAAGACGAGGCAUACGCAGCACAACUUCUCACCCAAGCGGCAGAGCUGGGACAUGUGAACGCCAACUUCCUGAUGGGACAGGCGUACGAGAAUGGGCUGUAUGGCUGUCCACGUGACGCAGCUCUGAGCGUCCACUUCUACAACGGCGCCGCGACAAAAGGCCACGUCGAAGGCAUGAUGGCACUAUGUGCUUGGUACAUGGUUGGCGCCGAGCCCGUGCUGGAAAAAGACGAAGCCGAGGCCUUUGCCUGGGCAAAGCAGGCCGCCGAGACGGGCUACCCCAAAGCCGAAUACGCCGUCGGCUACUUCACCGAAAUGGGCAUCGGCUGCCGCCGCGACCCCCUCGAAGCCAACAUGUGGUACGUCCGGGCAGCCGAUCAAAGCUACGAGCAGGCGAAGCAGCGACUGGCGAUUAUCCGCGCGGCGGCGUCGGGCGAUCCGGGGAUUCCUAUGGGGAAAGAGCAGGCGCGGGCGAAGGAGUUGGUGGGUGGGAAGGAGAAGAAGAAGUUUAUGGGGAUUUUUUAG